CCUCUUGGUCAUUGAAGAUUGCGUUUCUCUUUCACGAUUCGCGUCAUCGCGAAUCGCGCAGCGAUUCACCUGAGAAGAGUUACAUGGACGUGUUCUGCAUUUUAAGAAGGACACUAAGGUCACGCGUAGUUAUUGAAAAGGGCAGAGCGUUCGCAUCAUCAAGUCAGAGUGUCUUCAGACAUGGCGAAGAGCGUCAACCGUAUUCUUCUCUUCACAUUCGCGCUGUCGUUUGCACGGAAAGGCGAACAGGCAGACUUUACACAGGAACAUGAACGACGAUGGAACACGCCACCAGAACUAACACCGGAGUCGGUUGUCAAGAUAUCGAAUGAUGAGAAAUUUCAGACGCGUCUUCUUUCCCUCAGCCCUGUCACGGCUACUUUUAGCUUGAACGCAGGCGACAACAAUGCACAUUCUGUUAGCCUAGGUGCGAGCCUCGACGGCGUUAGUCUUUCGGAAAGUAACAAUUACAAUCAUCCCACGGGACAUGGAAUUGAUGGAUCAUCCGUUUCUGUAAGCAAGUCGACGACUCUUUCCGCAGGACUAUCGGGAAUUUCUACAGCGGGCGCGGAAGCAUAUAAUAAAGGUAACAAUGCCAAAACCGAAAGCCAUUCACUGAGCUUCGGCCAAGCAAGCGCAACUUCUUUCGGAGCGAUUGAAAAUGGACAAGCAAUUACCGGUGCUUCGUCUUCCGUUGGCGCCUCGCAAUCCUCUGCUAUAGCCAAUGAUAACAGAGGACAAUCCUUCUCACAAGCUAGUGCUAUCAGCACACAGUAUCAAAAUCGACCGACAUGGAGUAAUGUUGGUCCAAGCAACGAAUACAAUGAUCGACGUUUCGGUCGACCUACAUUGACUAUUUCGAAACCGUAUGAUGGAAGACGACCAACAUUGAACAUUGGUAUAGCUGAUAUACACAGACGAGAACAAAGGCCGACAAUUCAUAUCUACAAAUGGCGACCAAAUCACAGAGUACUUCCCCGACCAAAUCUAUCGAUUGAACAUCGACAACACAAUUCUUGGAACAGUCAAACUCACGGAUCGAUUGGUCCUCAAUUCGAAAUAAGUUCAAACUCUGGUCCUUAUGCGUUUUCGGCUGGUGAUUCAAUUUCUCAAGCACAAUCAUUCAGCUCUGUGUCAGGACACCGAAAUGGAAAUGCUCAGGUCAAUGCUCAGGCUGUUGGAAACGGACAUGCUCACGGAAUUGCGUCAUCCGAAGGAGGAUCCUUCGCUAGAUUUCCCGAGAAUAGUCAGACUAUACCGUUGCAUUAUGUCAGAAGCAAAAGUUCUAAACAAUACGAUAGUGAUGUAUUCUCUGAUCUCGCGCAAACUGUUGGCGAAUUGUUAGAUAUUGCAUAAUGCACAAAUAUAAAAAAAAAUGUGUGUAAAAUUUAGUUUGUAUACUGUAAUAUUGCAUUUUCGUAAGAAAAGCAAUAAAAUAUAUCCAGCGGUAGAAGCGGCAAUGACAGCACCAAAUGAGCUACAAUAGCAAUUACUGCGCGCCGCUCAUCAUAUAAUA